GGUUACGCUGGACCUCUGAGCAGCCAAGCUGAUUGGACUUCAUGUUUGUCAUUCAGCUCCAGCUUGGAGUGUCCGUUUGAUCGAAAUGUAGCGUUCUGUAGCAAAGGCGAAUAGUUGUUUGACAUCGUUAGAUUGUCUGAGUCUAUUUGUUUUACCAAUAUACUCUAUAUAAGGCAUGACAAAAAUACGAAUAUGAAAUGGGUUCGACAAACUCCACCCUAUCAAAAAUUCCAAACGCGGGGGACUUGAUGCAAGAAACUGGUUUCUCUCCUGCACACAUUGUUCGCCUGUAUGACCGUUACAAAGCUCUGGACAAAGACAAGAAAGGUCAUCUUUGUCCACAGGAUUUUGGAGCCAUAAAGGAGCUGGCCAUGAAUCCUAUUAGUGACAGAAUUAUAGGGGCCUUCUUCUCUUCUGGACAGGAAGUGUUGGACUUCCCAUCCUUUGUGAGGAUCUUGGCACAUUUUCGUCCAGUUGACAAGAACCGGCCCAAAGAUCCCAACUCACCAGAACACAUAAACAGCAGGAGUAACAAACUCAAAUUUAUUUUCCAGUUAUAUGAUCAAGACAAGGAUGGCAAGAUUUCCAGACAAGAGCUUUUACAGGUUCUACGGACCAUGCUGGAAAAGCAGGUAACUGAGGAACAGCUAGAGAGCAUAGCUGAUCGCACUAUUCAAGAGGCAGAUCUGGACAGAGAUGACGCCAUAUCUUUUGAUGAGUUCCGCAAGUCUAUGGAAAAGGUCAAUAUUGAACAUAAGAUGAGCAUCCGUUUUCUGCGCUAAUGAACCACGAGCUCUCGAGAAGCACUAAAGCACUAAGGAAUUUAAUGGCUUACUAUCGCACAGGAAACACAAUGGACUGAGAUCUUAAGACAUGUGUCUCUGUCCUACCAAGCUAAGUGCCUCUCUCAGAACUUGCACCGUUCUUGCAUCCUUUUAUGUUUACUAUGCAUGAACAAAUGUUCCCUAAUAUUUAAUGGAAUAGAAUGAUUGUUUAGGCCUGGUGUCUGAGCAGGGAGAGAUCUGUAUAAGCAGAUAAUGUUGGAUGAACAAACGUUCAGGAUUUGGUAGAUAACUUUGAUGCUUAUAUUGAUAUUGCUUCCAGCACCUGGCUUUACUGUGACAAUGUUUGACUAGUUUUUGUUAACACUGGAAUAUUUGUUUUGUCGACUACUGCAUGUGUCUUGCAGUACUGGGGAGUACACUACUAGCUAUAUAAAAUAUAUACCAGGACUUUUCCACCACAUAUACACCUGCAACAGAAAACCAGUAGUCUGUGACCUGUGACUUCAAACAGCAAGAACUGACGGUUGUACAAUAUUACAACUGAAUUACAAUGAAUACAAUGUUUUAACUCAUUAAGAAAUGAUAUAUGAACAUAGAUUUAUACUUAUGAUAAUUUCAUGUUGCACCAUUACAGGCCUUCUCACAUUAAUUAUUAGUAAGUGAAAAAAUAGCAAAAUGAUCAUCUCAUUUAAAAUACCCUAACACUUGAAGAUGAAAAUGACUGGAUAUAAUUUAAAACCUCCACAAUUUACUUAAAAUAUGCUUGACUAUUCAUCAGUACUGAUAAGUUGUUCAGUUAUUCAUCAAUAUGCGUGCCUAGUGGAGUCUUAAUAACUAUGUGACAGGUAAUUCUCAUUUAAAACUUAUUUACACUAAAUAUUGGUCUUUUAUUGAUAAAAUGCAAGCUACACAAUGAGUAUUUGGGCUACAUAAUCAGUAUUCUCCUGCAACUGUGAGUUUUUCUAUUGAGAUUAAAAAACAGAAUUAUGUUUAAAAUAGAAAAAGCUUGAUAGAAACGAACAAUGCUAGCUUCAAAAAGCAUCUUUCUGAAAUUGUAGCUUUUGCUUUUUAUUGACUGUUAAAAAGAAUAAAAAUGAAUGUAUACUUUUA